AUGUUAAUCGACUUUGUGCCGACAGUCUCUGGCGUGUUGUUGGCGGAGGCGCCGGGAUUCUUGAAGGCACCCGGUGGAGCACCGGCUAACGUGGCGAUAGCAGUUGCGAGACUUGGGGGGAAGGCCGCCUUCAUCGGCAACCUCCGUGAAGAUGAGUUCGGUCAUAUGCUUGCCGGUAUUCUGAAGGAAAACGGCGUCUCCACCGCGGGAAUCCCCUUCGAUAAAGGAGCACGAACUGCCCUCGCUUUCGUCACCCUACGCGCCAAUGGAGAGCGUGAGUUCAUGUUCUANNNNAUGGAGAGCGUGAGUUCAUGUUCUAUAGGAAUCCCAGUGUUGACAUGUUGCUCACUCCCGAUGAAUUGA